UUUCUGUUGCAGACUUCUGAAAAUCGAGUUUUUCGCUGACUUUCGUCAAAAUUGACAGACUUUUAAAUGGCCACGCUUUGUUUUUGUUCGCCAAACCAGUUUUGUGUGGCAUACCUUAUAGAGAAAUGAAGCCUGCAGACUUUUUUUUCGCAUUUACAGACUUUUGUAGCCCUGCCUGAAGCUAUUCAAAAUUUUUACCUGGCAUCUCUGUUACUAAAAAAGCUAAAGUUAUAAAAUAAAAUUGGUUUAGUGGUUUGGUUUAGGGUUAAUAUCUUUUCCAGAAAAAAAUUGAAUACUAGUGACGUUGAAAUACAAAUCGUACUAAUUAUGUCGAAAGCACACCCACCAGAAUUAAAAAAGUACAUGGACAAGCGUCUGUCUCUAAAGCUAAACGGAGGCCGGGUGGUUUCUGGUAUUCUACGUGGAUUUGACCCUUUCAUGAACGUUGUUGUGGACGAAUCGAUGGAAGAAUGCAAAGAUGGAACUCGAAACAAUAUUGGAAUGGUGGUUAUUCGAGGAAACAGCAUUAUCAUGGUAGAAGCAUUAGAUCGAAUAUAAAAUGAUUUACUCUAGACAUGCGAAUGAGACGAAUAAAACAAGUUAUUAAUAUUUA